AUGGCGGAACAUAAUAAUCAAGAUACAUCCGUGUUUGGCGAUGAAGACAAUAAUCCUUUUCCCCACAGUUCAGGACUAGCCAGUCUCAUACAGAGCCACCAAAAUUCGAAUGAACACAGAGAUGUUGAGGCUGCAAACAAUGAACCAGCUGAAUCCGAUUCGGAAGCACCAUCUCUGAAUCUAACUGAUAGAGCUGUCGUUUCUAACGACUUUGAAGUGAAUUUAGCAAAGGAACCUGAUCACGAGGAUAGUGAAUCCAUGCUAUUAUACCAAACUGAACGUGAGCAGUAUAACACAGUACACCCUAACUAUGAAAGCAGAGUGACAAGAUUUUUAAACCCGAGAUAUAAAUCCCACAUCGAAAUAAGCGAAGCUGGAAAAUCAAACGAAGGUAUGAACAACGCUCUGAAAAAGUAUGUCGUCUACACUAUCAAAUUACUUAGUCAAGAUUUUCCGAAAGAAGAGAUCUUAACGAGAAGACGUUAUUCAGAUUUUGAAAGCCUUCGAGAUGUUUUGACUCGCAUUUUCCCAUUGAUUAUUAUUCCUCCCAUUCCUCCAAAAAAUUAUUCCACGUUAAACGUUCUCAAUGGUCUCGUGGGAUCGAACAUGAGCGCUAACAAUACUACCACCAACAGUACUGGUAACAAUGUUUCUAGUGAACAGCUGGGCUCUAAUGGACCAGGAGCAACAACAUAUUCUUACAUCAACUCGAAUCAUUUAAACAAAAAUCGUCUCAUUGAACACCGAAAGCGUCUUUUUGCAAACUUCUUGAAUCGUUGUUUACAAAUACCCCAGAUAAGAAGCCUAGAGUUCUUCGCAAAGUUCUUAGAUCCCUCUGCUAACUGGUCUGAUGAAAUUGUUCUCAUUAACAGCCAAUUACCAAAAUCCGUCUACCAGCUGAAUCCAGAAAAUGGUUUAAAGACUGAUCCAAUUUAUUCGAAUUUGCCUCUACCUUCAUCUAACCAUGCUCUUGGGAUUCCUUUUUUGAGUAAACGACAAAUUGCAAAAAAGACGACAAAACUUUUGGGAUCCACAUCAUCCGUUUCAGCUUCACUGGAAUCGCUGAAGUCUGAUCCUCCGAACAAUAUUCUGGCCAAUGGGAUAUCUAAUGGUGAAAAAGAAACCAAGCUUGCGGUGAAAACCUCGAAUUUGGAUGAUAUAAAUAAGAAGAUUGUGGAAAAUUUUAUUGGCAUGUCUAAUGACUAUGUGGAACUUGGGACAGCAUUAAACUCGUUCUCGUUGACUGUUGCCGACUCUACAAAGCUCAAUGCAAGUAAGUCUCUGGAUGAAGAUGACAACAAAGUCGAUAUUGUAUUGGAUAAAAUUGGAGUUGCCUUUGACAGAUCUUAUUCUACGAAUAAUUCACUUAUUGCUGAACUAGAGACCAAAUUCUCUGAACCACUUGGUGAAAUGGUUCAAUAUUCAGCGAUCUACCUGUCUGUGAAGAGAUUUCACGAUCGGAAACAAAAGCAGAAGGAACUCUUGGACGAGGAAAUAAAAGACAAGCGCAAGGAGUUUGUUGAGUUGGCCAGACUUGAUAUGGGCUCAAACGCCCAAGCACAACUGGCUUCGAAUGCGAUGAAGUCAAAUACGGAAUCACAGCCUGAAAACAAACAUUCGUCGAAAUUGAAAAUGCUCACGAGUAUGGGCUCGAUCAAAAAGAUAACCAAAUACGUUUCAGAUAUCAUGGACCAAAAUCCUGAACAGACUCGCAAACAAAGAAUGAGCAGCUUGCAGGCAAAGCUAGCUCUUUUGGAGGAAUGUCAGUCUAUGAUGCUUGGAGAUCUCGCAUACAUCACUGAUGAACUUGAUCGAACAUUCCACAGUUUUCAAAAUGAAGAGCUCAAGACUAUUUUCAGUAUACUUUUGAACUACAAUUCCAUUUUCAUUGGUUGGGCACGCAAGAACAUUGAAAUAUGGGAAGAGAUUAAAGAAGAGUUACAAUCCCUUGAUUUAUAA